AUGAGUUUUCCAUUAAGUUUAGACUGGUAUGAGAUCAAAGAACGCAUAGGUCGAGGAGGAACAAGUGAGGUAUUCUCAGCCGUAUGCUUAGAUAACAAUGAAGUUGUUUCAAUUAAGAAAAUUGACCUCGAAACAGGUCAAAUUGAGCUCGAUUAUUUAAGACAAGAAGUGUCGUAUUGGUCUUCAAUGCAGCAUAAAAACAUCAUUAGCUAUUAUGGUUCCUUCAUUGAAGGUCCCAAUAUCUACAUUCUGAUGAGUUAUUGCUCUGCAGGUUCUUUAUAUGACAUUUUACGUAUCCAUAUGCCAAAUGGCCUUCCAAAUGAAAUCCAGAUCGCAACGAUAUUGAAAGGGACCCUCAACGCGCUUGAUUAUAUUCAUUCAAGUGGACAAAUACAUCGUGAUGUCAAACCAGGCAACAUACUCAUCGAAGGAAAUGGAGUAGUUAAGAUUGGUGACUUCGGUGUUUCUACAAGACUUUUCGAAGAAGGUCAAAGACGUUCAUUUCGUUUUACAGUUGCUGGAACACCAUGUUAUAUGGCGCCAGAAGUUCUCAUUGAGGAGGAAGGAUACACUGAGAAGGCCGAUAUUUGGAGUUUAGGCAUCACAGCGAUUGAGUUAGCAACAGGUGAUGCGCCAUACUCAACAUUAAAUGAAAUGGAGAUCAUGAUGAAAAUCAUUAACUUGCCGCCACCUAGUUUGCCUUCAAAUUCCAAGUAUUCGCCGGAAUUUAUCGAUUUUAUUUCAAAAUGUCUACAGACAGAUCCAAAUAACAGAUGGACAGCUAAAGAGUUACUUUCGCAUCCAUUUAUUCAGAAGGCAAGAGAUAAUGAAUAUCUCCAGAAAACUUUAAUUUCAAAAUUGCCGUCAAUUGCUUCCAGUUUCUCUAUUAAUGAAAUGCGUCUGAAUAAGAUGCGUCUCAAGCUUGGAAACGAUGUCAGUCAAUCAACUCCAGCGAUUGUCCAGUACGAGCCUCCAAAGUGGGACUUCUUAGUUGAUUCAAAGUCUCCUGUAACUGUUAAGAAGGGAAGAUUCGAAAUCACUCGGCUGCCAAACCAGAAUAAAAAUUGUUAA